CAGCGUAAGGUGGGUUUAUGGUGUUGCUGCAUGAUGCUGGCUACAAGAUUAAAUGACGGAUGCGUUAAUCAGCUGACGGUAAAUGCUGCCACAAUGAGCUCUUCUACAAGAAGUGAAAGUGAUUGGCAAGGAUUAGUGAGCGAGUUUCUGAUAUGCAAGCGUAAGCUGGAGAGUAAGAAGGAGGCUCUGCUGAUUCUGUCCAAAGAGUUGGACACAUGCCAGCAGGAGAGAGACCAAUACAAGCUGAUGGCCAAUCAGCUGCGUGAGAGACAUCAGGGCCUGAAGAAAAAAUACAGAGAACUUAUUGAUGGAGAUCCUACGUUACCACCAGAGAAACGCAACCAGGUAAAUCUUGCACAGCUGUUGAGGGAUUCACGGGACAGGAGUAAGCAGUUAGCAGAGGAGGUAAAGGAGCUGACUCAGAGACUAACUGAGGCUCAGGGUGACAACAAGCUUUUGAGAAUGACAAUCACUAAACAGAGGCUUGGGGAUGAUGAAGUUGGGGUCAGGCACUUCCCAGCCCAUGAGCGUGAGGAUCUUGUCAGGCAGCUGGAGGAAGCGGGAUUGCAGAGAGAAGAACUCGAGAACUGCCUGAAGGCAGUGAGUGAUGAAUUGGAGGAUGUGAAGGCAGAAAGGACUGUAUACAAGGAGAAAGCUGAUCGCCUCAACCUCGAGCUCAACCAUGUAUUGGGUGGUGGAGGAAAACGCAUCGUGGAUGUGGAUGCUCUUUGCAUGGAGAACAGGUAUUUGCAUGAAAGGCUGAAACAAGUUCAAGAAGAAGUCAGUCUACUGAAAACAAACAUAAUGAAAUACAAGAAUGCCCUGGACCGGAGAAAGAGCUCGAAAACAACUGGCAAAUCUAACACUGGUGCACUUACUGGUGUUCUCUCUGCCAAACAGGUGCAAGAUUUAUUGUCGGAGGAUAAUGGAUGUGGUCUUCCAGUCACGCCUCAGUCUCUCUCUGACCUAAAGUCUCUGGCCAUGGCACUGCUGGAAACUAUUCAUGAAAAGAACAUGGUUAUUCAGCACCAACGCCAGACUAACAGGAUUCUAGGGAACCGGGUUGCUGAGCUUGAAAAGAAAUUGAAGACUCUGGAGGUAUCUGGGCUUUGGAGUUUACCAGGAGGUAAAGAUGACAUUAUGUUGAAUGGGAAUCAGCGUGCCACACCUCCCUCCUCUCUUGCCCUUCCUUUACAGCCUGUACCCAGUGAACGGCUGACUGAUUCACAGCCCCCUGCAGAUGACAGGACAGGAAGUGGAGGGUUUUUGCCAUGGGAACUAGACACAGCUGGCGAUGACAGCUUCCUGAGCGUGUGGCCUCACUCCCGCCCCAAUCCAGAUGGAGGUGGAGACGAGGUGGAGACACCUGUCACCUUUGAGCAAAGGGAGGAGACUCAGUCUUGUGGGCUGGAAAUCCUGCGGCAGGGAGACCAGCGCAUAUGUGAUGAAGAAGUGGAGCCAGUCGCAGAGAUGCAGCCAGUCACAAAGCAGCAUCCUGUUGUUGAGGAGGGGGAAGUUGUAGAGGUGGACAGCAGCUUGAAUGUGGAGGAAGGUGAAGAUGCUGCAAUGGCACUGGCUUCUCCAGCAUCCGAUAGCUCUGAUUAUUCUCCACAUCUCAGUUCAAUGCGCAUCUGUGAACAAAACCAGCAUGAUGACUUUAUGUGUCAUGAUUUUAGACAGAUUUUAAAUGUAGCUACUGAUCCUGAAGGUGUAUUGGAAGAGAACUUCUCAAGUCUUUCGUCUGUUUCCAAAGAACCUACCCCAGCUUCAUCUCUCAAACCAAGGUGGGAUCUGGACUAUCAAUCAGGAGAGACUGAUAGCUGUCACAGUGAAAGUGUGGCUUAAACUUUGACCAAAAUUCUGUUCCUUAUAACAGAUAACAUAACAUGAUAUCUGUAGAGCAAACGUUUUUCAGUUCUACUUUGCUACCCUGAAUGUUUCAUGAUUUCCAUCAAAAUGCCUUAAUAUUUAGUCAAUGACCUCACUCAGGCAUUGAAGAUGAGAACAAAUAUAAAAUAUGAAACCUGCAGCAUCCAGCUAUAAGUGAAGUAAAGUGUGCAUACUUUACUCCCAUAUUUCCAGAUGCAGGAAUAUUCCUGCAGCAUAAAACUAGUGCAUGUUGUAGUGAUUUUUGUGUUUUGCAUUAGUUCUGUUCAUCUUUUUAUGUUGAAUUACAGUAGGCUACAUUAGCAACAGCAGGAUACUUCGUGUGCUCACACUGAACUUUAUAUAAAUGCACGUACAUCACAGACUGCAUCAUGUACAGUACAUAAAUCACACUAGAGUCAAGAAUAAGAUCUCAAUGAACUGCUCAGUAUCUUACGUGUUUACACUUUAUGUAAAUUUAGUAUUGUGGUAAAAGGGGUCUUGAAACAAGUCUAAGAAACUCUUUCAGCACUGAAUGAUAUUGUUUAUAAUCAUGUUUUCUUGCUGUUGUAACAGUUGUAGUUUGUUGUCCUGAUUGCUGAUACCAUAUACAGUAGUUUCUACCUUCUCUAUUUCCUAUUGUUUCUGUGGUAUGUUUAUUUCUUUUAACUUCUUUAUUCUUUAUUUUGGAGAAAAGGUCAGACAAGUCUUUGUGUGUGUAUAAUACAAAUGAUGUAGUUUUCAAAGAACCACACAAAGAUCUUGCACAAAUUACAUUUGAAUCACAAAUGAUUUGCCAACAUUGUCAAAUUGUUUCAAAUCAUGAUGGUAUUGCUGUUUACAGAACUAAUUAUACACUAAUUUAUACGUUUACAAGUGUAGAUUGUGGCUGCACUCUGCUUUUUUUGAUGCAUGUGCCUUAUAAUGCAAAAUGAACUGUGCUUUCUUUGUCGGGAGAGAGGAGAUAAUUAUGAUGGGUUAUGUAGGGUUUCUUUUCUUUUUUAGUCUCUUGGCAUUAAGUUCAUGUUAAAUAAUUUAUAGUUUAUGACAUGUAUACUCUGAUGUGGUAUGCCUGUUUAAUCAAAUAUCAAUAUAUAUUUUUUCAAAAUGUCA